AUGUCAGAAACCGGUCAGGGCUCGCCAAACGGCGCAGCCGGCGACGUGCCUCCCGCUGCAGCGGCCAACAACGAACACUUGAACAUCAAAGUCACCGAUGGGAAUAACGAGGUCUUUUUCAAGAUCAAGCGGAGCACCAAGCUGGAGAAACUCAUGCGGGCAUUCUGCGAACGACAAGGCAAGGACCCGAAGGCUGCACGAUUCCUGUUUGAUGGGCAGAAAGUGCAAGCGGGCGAUACACCCGAACAGCUGGAGAUGCAGGACGGCGACUCAAUCGAAGUGCACCAGGAGCAGAUCGGUGGUUCCGCUUAA